AUUCCCACCAACAUAUCAGUUGCACAGUUAACACGCUUCUUUGCCGUUUUAGAGCCCUUUUCUCUCCCUUCAACUGACAUUUUUGCCAUUUUUCCCUGCUUCUUUCCAAUUACGAGAGGUGGGCACACCCCUUUUCCCCAUUUCUACAUCCCCUUUCUCUCCUAUCACCGUUACUUGCACCUGCAGGAUUGCUUCGAAUGUGGGUUUCAAAUCCCUAAUUUCUCCUUGUAAUUUCUUCCUGUAUAAAGUGGGCUUAUUUGGAUGGAAAAGGUGGUUGUUAACAUUCCGGAGAAGCAAUCACCUUGCGAAAAUGGUUUUCCGGAAGCUUCUUGUCCUUCUACGGAAAAUGGGUCUCUAGUUUGUAAUGGUAGUUUGCAAAAGGAACUUGAUGUGAAGGACGCUCUUUCUUAUGCAAACAUUCUUCGAACCAGAAAUAAGUUCGCAGAGGCCCUAACGAUAUACGAGGGGAUAUUGGAGAAAGACAAGGAAAAUGUCGAAGCUUUUAUAGGAAAAGGGAUAUGCUUGCAGAUGCAGAACAUGGGGAGGCUUGCUUUUGAGAGCUUCUCUGAAGCAAUAACACUUGAUCCUCAAAAUGCAUGCGCUCUUACGCAUUGUGGUAUAUUGUACAAGGAUGAUGGCCGGCUUGUUGAUGCUGCCGAGUCUUAUCAAAAGGCGCUAAGAGCUGAACCGUCAUAUAAACCAGCGGCAGAAUGCUUAGCAAUUGUACUGACCGAUAUUGGGACCAGCUUAAAGCUUGCUGGAAAUACUGAAGAAGGGAUUCAGAAAUAUUAUGAAGCUCUUAAAAUAGAUCCGCAUUAUGCUCCAGCAUACUAUAACCUUGGUGUUGUCUACUCCGAAAUGAUGCAAUAUGACACUGCACUGACAUGUUAUGAGAAGGCAGCACUGGAAAGGCCUAUGUAUGCUGAAGCAUUCUGCAACAUGGGUGUCAUAUACAAGAAUAGAGGGGAUCUGGAUUCUGCUAUAGCAUGUUAUGAGAGGUGUUUAGCAGUGUCUCCAAAUUUUGAGAUUGCUAAGAAUAAUAUGGCAAUAGCUUUGACUGAUUUGGGAACAAAGGUUAAGCUAGAGGGUGACAUUGAACAAGGUGUAGCAUACUAUAAAAAAGCUCUAUACUACAAUUGGCAUUAUGCUGAUGCUAUGUACAACCUUGGUGUUGCAUAUGGUGAAAUGCUGAAGUUUGACAUGGCAAUCGUCUUCUAUGAACUUGCUUUCCAUUUCAAUCCUCAAUGUGCAGAAGCAUGCAAUAACUUAGGAGUUAUCUACAAAGAUCGUGAAAAUCUUGAUAAGGCAGUCGAGUGUUACCAGAUGGCUCUGUCAAUUAAACCGAACUUCUCCCAGUCUCUGAAUAAUCUUGGUGUUGUUUAUACAGUUCAGGGAAAAAUGGAUGCUGCUGCUACCAUGAUCGAGAAAGCCAUUAUAGCAAAUCCUACUUAUGCUGAAGCGUACAAUAAUUUAGGAGUUCUAUACAGAGAUGCUGGCGAGAUUUCUCGUGCUAUUGAAGCUUAUGAGCAAUGUCUCAAGAUAGAUCCUGAUUCACGCAAUGCAGGCCAGAAUCGUUUACUUGCUAUGAACUACAUCAACGAAGGAGAUGAUGACAAGCUAUAUGAAGCUCACAGAGACUGGGGUAGGCGGUUCACGAGGCUGUAUCCACAGUUUACAUCAUGGGACAACCCAAAGGAACCUGAAAGACCUCUUGUUGUUGGAUAUGUUUCCCCUGAUUUUUUCACCCACUCUGUAUCGUACUUCGUAGAAGCACCAUUAGCACAGCAUGACUACACGAGCUACAAAGUGAUCAUAUAUUCAGCAGUAGUGAAGGCGGACGCCAAAACUUUGAGAUUUCGGGACAAAGUUGUUAAAAAGGGUGGGAUCUGGAGAGAUAUAUAUGGCAUAGAUGAGAAGAAGGUUGCUCAAAUGGUCAGAGAAGACAAGGUUGAUAUUUUUGUAGAACUUACUGGGCAUACAGCGAAUAAUAAAUUGGGAACAAUGGCUUGUCGACCUGCUCCAUUGCAGGUGACUUGGAUUGGCUACCCAAAUACCACUGGCUUACCAACCAUCGACUACAGAAUUACUGAUACACUGGCUGAUCCCCCAGAUACGAAACAGAAGCAUGUCGAGGAGUUAGUUCGGUUACCAGAUUCUUUUCUUUGUUACACACCUUCUCCAGAAGCUGGCCCUGUUUCUGCAGCUCCAGCUCUUAAUAAUGGCUUUGUCACUUUUGGUAGCUUUAACAAUUUAGCAAAGAUAACACCUAAAGUUUUGCAAGUUUGGGCAAGAAUAUUAUGUGCUGUAGCAAACUCACGCCUAGUGGUGAAAUGCAAACCUUUUUGCUGCGACAGUAUAAGGCAUAAAUUUCUUUCCACAUUAGAGCAGCUGGGAGUGGAUCCUGUACGUGUUGAUCUAUUGCCUUUAAUUCUUCUGAAUCACGAUCAUUUGCAAGCAUAUGCUCUCAUGGACAUCAGCCUGGACACUUUUCCAUAUGCCGGAACAACCACAACAUGUGAGUCACUCUACAUGGGAGUUCCAUGUGUUACUAUGGCUGGCAGUGUGCAUGCUCAUAAUGUUGGUGUUAGUCUGCUUAGCAAAGUUGGGUUAGAUAAUCUGGUGGCCAAGACUGAGGAUCAGUAUGUUGAGCUGGCAAUUCAGUUGGCUUCAGAUGUGACAGCACUCUCGAAUCUAAGGAUGACUCUGCGGGAUCUUAUGGUGAAGUCACCAGUAUGUAAUGGAGCAAAUUUCACUCUUGGUUUGGAACAAGUAUAUCGAAACAUUUGGCGCAGGUACUGCAAAGGUGAUGUUCCAUCUUCAAAACGCCUGGAAAUGUUACAGCAGCAGCAGCAGGAAACUGUUUCUUCAGAAGCUAAUGCUGUGCCAUUGAAAAUCAUUACCUCAAAAGACAAGACAAAUGGUUUCAACCCAGUCCCACCACCAGUAUUGAGUCUUGCCACCUCCGAAGAAAGUGGGGCUGUUAGUUGAACAAUCACGUAAAUUGGGGAUUUUUCAAUGUCUUCUCUCCCCUUGGAUGGGGCAAUGAUAUUUUGGGAGUUAUGCAACAACAAAAAGGAUCGUAGCAUCACGGAUUGGUGGAGACAAGGGGCUGCACUGUGCAUCAGGGUCUUUUGGCGGCAAGGGUGUGAUUUAGGUGCAUCACUCGUUUGGUAGUUGACAGAUAGUAAGUAAAUAGGAGUGUUUUGAUGAUUUGUUAUCUUCCCCGUUUCCCUCUUCUGGCCUUUCCGGCUUUAUUGUGUGUCUUGGGGGUGCCUGUUUAAGCAGGAUAUUAUUGAUUGGUGAAGUGGUGAUUAGGUUUUUAGAGGAUAGUGAGUGACUAGUGAGAAAGAGAGUGGUUGGUUAUAUGUAAAACAGAAUGUAUAGGCAUAGAUCAGUUUAGUGCUUUCUCAUUGAGAUGCUACUUGUGGGAUAUCCACUUGAACGUUGGAUACCUCUUGGUUUGAUAUUGAUUUUUAUGAUACAUUCUUGA